ACCAAGGUUCAACUAAGUGUAGUUUCUUCAAGUCCACUCUCCACUCAAGAUGUUCCCUUCAACGUUCCUUCUUGUUUUUAUCACCAUUCAAGCCUCGCUUUGUCUUGACGACGAUUACUACUGGAGAGAGUACACAGGAACAAUUCCUGACGACGCCUUAGUAGGAGGUCAAGACAUCAACAACAAGAACGUUUACAUUGGUCAAGCCUAUGUCCACAAUGAGGGACUGAUCGUGUCCGAAAUUUUUCCCGGAAUACGAGAAGUCCAAGCUCCUAUUAAUGGUGUUAAAACUGUUAAGUCGUACAUAAAGAUUCUUUGCGGAGCCCAGCAGAACUUUUACUGGGCGCAAGCUAACGCCUCCCACCUACAUGUCCAAAUGAUCGACAAACGCCCAAUUAUCGGUGGACACGAAGUCGGCGGCAUACUAAACAUAGGGCGUAUCAGUUACGAAGGGGACAUCAAAAUUGGAAAAGUUAUUUCCUUCAGAACGGAAAGUGCGCUGCUUCAUUUUAACGUCAAAGGUACAGAAAAAGGCGUCAGUUCGUACGAGAUACUUUUGUUUAAUGAUAAUGCUGUAGAUGUUAGGCUUGGGAAAUAAAGCAUUGUGGUACUAGAAAACUGCAACCUCCGAUACU